UUCAAUUUUGUAAGAUUAAGCCUAUUUCAUCUUCCCAGAUGCUGUUUUUUGUGUUUCUUUGCCUUCUUUGUGCUGGAGUAUCAACUAUUUUGGACCAGGAAGAGUUCUCUUCCUACUCUGGGGAAUACGGUGGAAAUGGUGGGGACUCUUUUGAUCAGUCCAGCAACCAGUUUGAAGGCCCUAUAUCAGCGAUGAAAAUAAGGUCGAAUGACUGUAUACUAAGCAUCCAGGUUCGCUAUGGUGACACGUGGUCCAGUACUGAAGGAAGCACAGCAGGCCACCCUUCAGACAUGCACCUGUCCUUUGGGGAGGGAUUGGUGCAGGUGAAUGGCCGUUUUGGAAACGCUGUGGAAUACCUGGCCUUCCGCACCAACAUGGGCCAUGUCUUUGCCUUUGGGCUGAAUUCCGGUUUGGGAACGCCUUUCACUGCAGAGCCCUCGCACCCCAACACAGUUCUGAGGUUCAUCAGUGGGAGGUCAGGACCGAUGGUCAAUGCCCUCGGUUUCCACUGGGAUGAAGAUCCAUGGAUGAAAGGGUGGAAUGAAUCCCUUCACUCUCCAGCUCCACCUCCAGUGACCCAGAUAUAGAUCUCUCUACCUUUAAUUCUCACCCUUAAAAUCAAUAC